UGUAAAACCGGAAGAGAGAAACUUCUACAAGACGAGACUGGAAAGACUCAAAAGAGACACCUCAGGAGCCGCACACCCAGGGGAGAGAUAUAACACAAUGAUCCUUCUGUUUGUCACUUCCAUCUCUUUGUGUCUGGACUUGGCCGGGAUCUCUACAGACUCCUCUGUAGAUGAUAAAGUGCAGAUAUCUGGUAAAACCAACUGGAAGAAGAACAAGAAAACUGCAGGAACAAAAAUGGCCGCUGAACAGUUCAGCUUCCUGCCCUCGAUGAAGUGUGAGCAUCAGAUAUUGGACUUUAAUCCCAACUCUUUCGAUGACCAGUACAUCGGAUGCUCCAAACAAUAUGAGGCCGAUCUCAUGCCAACAAUUUUAACCUGGGAGAAAGCCUUCAACUCGGCCUUUGGUUUGGCGUGGGACCAAGCUGCGGUGAAGUGGAAGAAGGUGAAGUCCACCGUGCGUCUUCCUAGUGAAUUUCGGGAUGAGUUUGGGAUAGCCAUCAUCGUCUACACCACAGACUGGCCCGAGAGCAGCCCAAUCUAUAAAGAGCUCAAUGGGAAUGUGACCUUAGCCGGACGGUCCAGGAAACGCUAUAUGGAGAGCUUCCACUAUAAGGCUUUGCACUUCUACCUGACCCGAGCCCUACAGGUGUUGAGGAAGAACUCAAAAAGACUAACACAGACCUACAAAGUCUUUAGGGGCACAGAUAAGUCUCUGCAGGUGUCCGAGGAGAUGGACCUGAGGUUUGGUAGAUUCACCUCUUCUUCUCGGAAUAUAGAAGUAGCCAAAGAAUAUUCUGGAGGACUGUUCUUCGAGAUGACAACCUGCUUUGGAGUGGACAUCCACAGACUAUCCUUUUUCCCCAAAGAGCAGGAAGUAUUGAUUCCGGUGGCUGAGAAAUUCCGAUAUGUUGAGUUAAGAGGGAACAUUUAUGUCUUGGAAAGCACAUGUGAACUAUGCAGUUACUUCAAUUGUACUUUACUGGGAGACGAGAAGCGAGAUUUCCCCAUGUGCAGCUCAGGCUGCCGGCGCCUGGAGAUCACGUCCCCGCGGCUCACACUGCAAGAACGGAGCAGUGUGUGAGAAAGUUCCAUGAAGCUCUGAUCCUCCAAUAUGAUCCAUCUUAUUGCUAUGAGGAGGAUUAACCUGACCUGAGACGUCAGUACAGGGGACGCUCCGUCCAAUCCUGCCGUGUGGAUCCAAAAGAGAAGAAGAAAAUAGAAGAAUAAAUGUAAACCAUUCCGAUAAAUGAAACUGGAAGUGAUCCCCUCCACCCCCGACCCCCCCUCCCCCGCAGUAGAGUAUGCAGGGACAUGUCUGAACUGCUGGGGGUUCUGGUUUACAGCCUUUUGUACAAAAAAAACAAAUCAUAUCUUAACCCCUUAAGGACCGGGGUUUUUUCCGUUUUUGCAUUUUCGUUUUUUGCUCCUUGCCUUUAAAAAAUCAUAACUCUUUCAAUUUUGCACCUAAAAAUCCAUAUGAUGGCUUAUUUUGUGCGCCACCAAUUCUACUUUGUAAUGACAUCAGUCAUUUUGCCCAAAAAUCUACGGUGAAACAGAAAAAAAAUCAUUGUGCGACAAAAUUGAAAAAAAACAGCCGUUUUGUAACUUUUGGGGGUUUCCGUUUCCACGUAGUACAUUUUUCGGUAAACAUUACACCUUAUCUUUAUUCUGUAGGUCCAUACGAUUAAAAUGAUCCCCUACUUAUAUAGGUUUAAUUUUGUCGGACUUCUGGAAAAAAUCAUAACUACAUGCAGGAAAAUUAAUAUGUUUAAAAUUGUCAUCUUCUUACCAUUAUAACUUUUUUAUUUUUCCGUGUAUGGGGCGGUAUGAGGGCUCAUUUUUUGCGCCGUGAUCUGAAGUUUUUAGCGGUAUCAUUUUUGCAUUGAUAGGACUUAUUGAUCGCUUUUUAUUCAUUUUUAAAUUAUAUAAAAAGUGACCAAAAAUGCACUAUUUUGGACUUUGGAAUUUUUUUGCGCGUACGCCAUUGACCGUGCGGUUUAACUAAUGAUAUAUUUUUAUAAUUCGGAAAUUUCCGCACGCGGAGUUACCAUAUAUGUUUAUUUUUAUUUACACUGUGUUUUUUUUAUGGGAAAAGGGGGGUGAUUCAAACUUUUAAUAGAGGAGGAGUUAAAUGAUAUUCAUUCACAUUUUUUUUGCAGUGUUAUAGGUCCCAUAGGGACCUAUAACACUGCACACACUGAUAAUUGUUAUCCCAUAGGGACCUAUAACACUGCACACACUGAUCUCUUAUACUGAUCAUUGUUAUCCCAUAGGGAACUAUAACACUGCACACACUGAUCUCUUAUACUGAUCAUUGUUAUCCCAUAGGGACCUAUAACACUGCACACACUGAUCUAUUACAUUGAUCAGUGGUUUCUCAUAGGAAACCAGUGAUCGACGAUUCUGCCGCAUGACUGUUCAUGCCUGGAUCUCAGGCACUGAGCAGUCAUUCGGCGAUCGGACAGCGAGGAGGCAGGUAGGGGCCCUCCCGCUGUCCUGUAAGCUGUACGGGAUGCCGCAAUUUCGCCGCGGCUAUCCCCAACAGCCCACUGAAUUAAUCAGCAGCUUUCACUUUAGGUUUUAGCUGCGUGGCUCAGCUCUGAGCGCGCGGCUAAAGGGUUAAUAGCGCGCGGCGCCGCGAUCGGCGCUUCGCACUAUUAGCGGCGGGUCCCGGCUUCACUAUGACGCCGGGCCCGCCGUGAUAUGAUGCGGGGUUACUGUGUAACCCCGCGUUAUAUCAGGAGAGCAGGACCAAGGACGUACCGGUACAUCCUUGGUCCUUAAGGGGUUAAAGGGGUACUCCGGCCCUGAGACAUCUUAUCCCCUAUCCAUCCAAAGGAUAGGGGAUAAGAUGUCUCACCGCGGGGGUCCUGCCGCUGGGGACCCCCGCAAUCUUGUAUUCGCCACCCACACUGUUAUGAUUCGGCAGGCUGGAGGUGGAUCUUCUGUGUCAGCGAGGGAUUGGCGUGGACCGUGUCGGUGGACCGGUUCUAAAUUGCUACUGGUAUUCACCAGAGCCCGCCGCAAAGCGGGAUGGUCUUGCUGCGGCGGUAGCAACCAGGUCGUAUCCACCGGCAACGGCUCAACAACCUCGCUGACUGCUGAGAAGGCGUGGGACAGAAGGACUAGGCAGAGGCAAGGUCAGACGUAGCAGAAGGUCGGGGCAGGCGGCAAGGUUCGUAGUCAAGGGUAACGGCAGAAGGUCUGGUAACACUGGUAAGGCAAUCACAGAAAAGGCUUUCACUAGGCACGAGGGCAACAAGAUCCGGCAAUGCUGGGAAGGGGAAGUGAGGUUAUAAAGGCGUGGAGCAGGUGGGAGCUAAUUACACUGAUUGGGCCAGGCACCAAUUAGUGGUGCACUGGCCCUUUAAAUCUUAGAGAGCUGGUGCGCGCGCCCUAGAGAGCGGAGCCGCGCGCGCCAGGACGUGACAGCCGGGGACGGGACAGGUAAGUAGAUUGGGAUGCGAUCCGCGAGCGGGCGCGUCCUGCUAUGCGAAUCGCAUCCCCGCCGGCAGUGUCAGUGCAGCGCUCCCGGUCAGCGGGUCUGACCGGUGGUGCUGCAGAGAGGAGAACGCCGUGACCGCUCCUGGGAGUAGCAGGGACCCGGAGCGCUUGGUGUAACACACCUGUUUGAGCUGUACGCCGUGCUGC